UAUGUUUCCAGACGCCAUUUUUCUCUGUACACGGUUUUCAAGAAUUCGUCGUGGCCGAGCUUGUAUAAGCCGCCAGCAAUUUGUCAAAUGAUCAGAUCAUUCUAUGGUUCUGGAAGCUCUGUUGAUGUGUAGAGAGGUGGGACCUUCUCAACUGAGACGCGUAUUGUCUGUGUAUAAAGAUCGAAAGGGAGUUCUUUCAAAGUACAUAUAUACUUUCACAUGGCUCGUUACAUGGGUGAUGCAACAAGUUUUUGUUCGGCUGUGGACAGUGCCAUAAGGAGUGAGACUGCCUCAGGUUUCGGAGCAUCUCCUCCCCAUAGUUUUUCUUCGGUGGUGGACUAUGCAUUGAGAAGUAGUUGUGCUUCUGAAGCAGAUUUUCGAACAUCCCGUGUCUCCAGUUUUGUUUCGAGAGUGGUGGACUAUGUGAUCAGGAGUAGUGCAAGAACAGAUUUAGAAACCUUCCCUGUGCCUGGUUUUGCUUCUGAGGCUUACUCCACCACUGUUGCUGAAGCUGAUUUUCGAACGUCCCGUGUCUCCAGUUUUGCUUCGGGAGUGGAUGACUAUGUGAUCAGGCGUAGUAGUAGUGAAGGAACAGAUUUAGAAACCUUCCCUGUGGCAGGUCUUGCUUCUGAGGUAUACUCCACCACUGUUGCUGAAGCAGAUUUUCGAACAUCCCGUGUCUCCAGUUUUGCUUCGGGAGUGGACUAUGUGAGCAGGAGUAGUAGUAGUGGAGGAACAGAUUUAGAAACCUUCCCUGUGCCGGGUUUUGCCUCUGGGGUUUACUCCACCACUGUUGCUGAAGGGUCCUCACCAGUGUUGUCCAAUGUCACAGAACAUGCUGUUAAAGGCUUACAAUUAUUCAGCCAGGCUGUAGCAGCGACCAACAAUUUCUCACUUAACAACAAGAUUGGUGCUGGAAGGCUUGGUGUUGUGUACAUAGGCAAACUCGUUGAUGGUCGUGAGGUUGCAAUCAAGAGGGUUGAAACCUGGCAAAAGAAAAAGAUCUCAUCAAUUAAAUCUGCAUUGACCUUCUUGUCCCGUUUACACCACAAACACUACUUGGUUGGGUUGGUUGGAUUCUGUGAAGAGAAAUACGAGAGGCUGUUGGUGUAUGAGUACAUGAAGAAUGGUACCUUGUAUGAUCAUUUGCAUGAAAAUGGUAGCAAUGCGUUGAAUCGGUGGAAAAUGAGGAUCACUAUUGCUUUGGAUGCUUCCCGAGGAAUAGAAUAUCUUCAUAAGUAUGCAGCUCCACUAUUUAUUCACGGGCACGUCAAGUCUUCCAACAUUCUUCUUGAUGCCACUUGGCUGGCAAGAGUGUCUGAUUUUAAAUUGUGUUUGAUGAGUCCAGAAGCUGAGCGUGAUUACCGACGAAUAAAGGUAGGAGGAACAGUUGGAUACAUUGAUCCUGAGUACUAUGAUCUAAAUACGUUGACAGCAAAGAGUGAUGUGUAUGGACUGGGAGUUGUAUUGCUAGAGCUUUUAACAGGAAAGAAAGCUAUAUUCCUUGAUGGGGAAGAUGAAGUUACCUUAAGUGUGCACCGUUUGGUGGACUUUGCCGUGCCUGCCAUUUUGGCUGGGGAAUUGGUCAACAUUUUGGAUCCUAGGGUUGGACCACCGGGUGUGAAUGAGAUAGAGGCAUUGGAGUUGGUGGCCCAAACAGCCCUCCAUUGCGUGAAUCGGAAAGGUAAAGAUAGACCAUCCAUGGCUGAUAUUGUGAUCAGUUUGGAGAGAGCAUUGGCCAUCUGUUACGGUAGUUCUUAUCAUAUCAUUCAUGGGUGGAUGGAUUUUGAAAAUAUAGUUUGGAAAUAUAAGGGAUAUGUUAGGGAUUUAUAAUUUUAUUUUAUUUGUGUAUUUUAUUUUAUUUUAUUUUAUCCAACCUUUGCCCCGUCUAAACCAUAAUCACUUGGCUGGGCUAGUUGGGUUCUGUAAAGAGAAAGAUGAAAGGUUAUUGGUGUAUGAAAAGAUGAAGAAUGGGGCGUUAUUGGACAAGGUGAGCAGUGUAUUGAAUUAUUGGAGAAGGAGAAUCAAGAUUGAUUUGGAU